AUGGCGCGGUUGGUGCGACAGGGCGUUAAGGCGGGAUCUCCUUCGUCUUUUGGGUCUUUUAGCUCCCAGAAAGGCGGAAAGCUGCUCUCUAAGACAGUUAUUAAUCUUGUCAACUCAGCUACAGAGCGGCAACUCGGAAAGCUGGACAUUUACACAUUUUUGGAAUUCUUGAGAUGUAGCGAGGUUACUUCCACAACACUUAUCACGGCCUUAAUAUUGGUCGAAAAGUUUCGACAACUUGAUCCGAAACCUUUACUGUUUUACGAAAUUACGGCGACGGAACUGCUCAUUGUUGCUACUAUGGCUGCCUUGAAAUUUCUUCAUGAUGCGGAUACAAAAGAGGCUUCUUCCAACGGUACCUGGGCAGCAAACUUUGAUAUUGAUUUGAAGGUAUUAAACGUCAUGGAAAUUCGCUUCUUUUCGGCUCUUGGCUGGAAUCUGUUUGUUUCCCAAUCCGAUUUCAAUAAGUUUAUCAUGAAUCGCUUUGCUUCCGCUGCACAUCCUGGCAAAGCAGUUCGUGACAAGUCUAAACGUCACCACCCAUAUUCCAUUGUCAGAAAGAUUUCACCUGGAUAUUUCGAUCGAAAGAGUGGGAAUGACCAUCCUAGAUGGACGCUGGCCAAGGCCAUGGCAGUGUGUGCGGCCGCUCUUCUUGCCCUUUCUCAUCAGGGUCUAUCAACAAUCUCUGAUGAUAGUCACAUUGAACUACUGUUAUCACGUUUCUUUCCGACGUCUCCUGUGAUCACCUCACCACAUCCGGAUCCGUCCAUUUCGCAUUCUGACCAGCUGACGGUUCCUUCCAUUGGUGGCUUCAACUACACCACGCCCAAGUUCCACUCCUGCCAGACCAUACCUAACGGAAGCAGUUUCUCUCCCGUCUUCAAAAGUUACCUGUAUUAUGACUCCGUGAAUGCGGCUUGCACGCACCCAUUUGUACAAAACCGAUAUUUUGGCCCAACCCUACUAGCUGUUGGAGUGAGCUAG